AGCAGCUGCUGCAUGCCAGACAGCAGAGCGGCGUCCGUUUGCAGUGACACCGUCUCAGUCCUGGGACAGAAAGACACAAACAAACAAAUAAUUAAGAAGCCUCACAUUUGGACUGGAUGGCAGUGUUGGAUAAAGAGAAUAUGAGGAAGACCUGAGCUCAGGGAUUUUUUUUUUCUCUCCUCCAUCUCUCAUUUCUCUCUUUACUGUCUAUCUCUAGCACUCUCCCUUCCCCCCUUCCUGCUUCUCUCUCUCCCUCACGCUGCGUUCUCCCUCCCUCCCUCUCUCUCUCUCUCUCUCCCUCUUUUUCUCAGUGGCGGAAUGUAGCGGAGGACUGAGCGCACGCUCGUUCACUCCGUGCUGCAUGAACAGCAGCGAGACAUGGCUCGGAUGCUGCUCAAGCAGGAGAACGGAUUUAUCCUCCCUGUGGAUUUGAUUGCACACUAAACGCUGACCUUUGCUGGCUUUGCGGUCUUCUCCUGCUUGUUCUGUAGCUGCUGAAUUUGUUAUUUUGGCUCCAGAGUGUGGAACAGAUUUGGGUUGCUUUCCCCUUCCAUACAGAUGGUAUCUGUAGGAGGUUCAGCCCUGGGAGGGGAUGCUGGGAAUCGCGUCUGCUUGCUGGAGGGUCUGACUCUACGGGAUAUGCAGAGCUGAGUCAGCGCCUGAUAACGGGAGCCUAACAGGAGUCACAGGACGAGACAGUGACCAAGCUGGGAGAAACGACAGAAAAACAGUGAGCCCUUCUGGAAACCGGCUACCCCUCUGGGAAACAUCUAAGGAACCGUGAAACUGAGGGAUUGUUUCUGACAGGUCAGAUUGGCACCUGAUCCGAAAGACAGAUUUGAGGAGUGGUAACGCAAGAGUGUGCUGCUGCAUCGAGCUCUGCUGAGCGCCUCCUCACAGACGCAUCCGCUCUCUGCAUUCCUCCCAUCUCUCUCCACCCCUCCGUCCGGUGUCUCCCCUUUUUCCUCUGCCUAUUCAGUUUGUCCUUGGAACCAGAGUCCUAUCUAAGCCAGGACAGGACUAAAAGGAUCGUCCCACGUUGGAUUCUGAAAGCCCUGUUUUUUUUUUUACCUCUGGAAUUCUACUGUGUGUCUAUGUAUGUAUGUUGAGCUUGAGUGUGUGUGUGAUUGCAUUUGCGGCAUUGAGUGUCUGUGCUUUAAGGAGUGAUGGUUGUAUGUUGUCGGUGAGUAUUUGCAUCUGAGUGUGUGUUCUGCUGGGAUUUCUUGAUUUUUUUUUUUUUUUAUCACCCCGACGUUCAACACCAUGAGCCAACCUUCUGUGAUCCUCCUGUGCCCGCUGAGUGCCCGACCCUGGGGUUAACCCUCUCUAAACCCGGGGCAGGAUGAGCGAGACUUCUGGAGCUGUGACCACCUCAGGGGUGGUGAUACUGGAGGAGCCUGAGGUUGGUGGGGCUUCUGGAGGACGUCAAGGUGGCGAGCGUGCUGGAGCUUUUAGGUGCGCCUUUUGGCCAAGACAGCAGACUUGGCUGUGUGUAGUUCCCCUCCUGAUUGGCUUUGUGGGUCUCGGCCUUAGCCUCAUGCUGCUCAAAUGGAUCGUUGUGGGAUCUGUGCAGGACUAUGUACCCACAGACCUUGUGGAUGCUAAGGGUAUUGGUCAGGAUCCCAUUUUCCUAUCCAAGCCAAGCGUUCCGCCCAAGGGCCCUGACAGCACCACUUCCUCCACCACUACUACCACUGUAUCCUUGACCAUCUCCACGAUUACCACAGCAGUGAGGGGCAAAACUCGAACAGCAGCACCUCCAAAUGCCAACCCAAGGGAUGGAGGUUCCUCUGGCAGCCAGGUGACCCAGAAGACCACCACCACUUCAGCCUCUGGCACUGCCUCCCCUGGCCGGACAUCCACCUCCAGCCCAUCUUCCCCCAAACCAACCGUCCUCAAUGACUCAACCCGUGAGCACUCGACCACAGAGAGGCCAGUCAACACUCCAGCUCGGACCCACGUCAGCCGCAAGACACCGGCCCCGACCCUCCCUCCCUUGAAAUCGGAGCAUUUCAAGCCGUGUCAGGAGAAGGACUUGGCCUAUUGCCUCAACGAUGGCGAGUGUUUUGUCAUCGAGACUUUAAGUGGCCCUCACAAGCACUGCAGGUGUAAAGAAGGUUUCCAGGGCAUCCGCUGUGAUCAGUUCCUGCCCAAAACAGACUCCAUUCUGUCUGAUCCAACAGAUCAUUUGGGCAUCGAGUUCAUGGAGAGCGAAGAGGUUUACAAGAGACAAGUGCUGUCAAUCACAUGCAUCGCCAUGGGGAUCAGCUUUCUGGGCACACUCUGCAUGGCUCUGUACUGCCGGAACAAGAGACGCAGGGAAAAGCUCCAGGCGCAUCUGAAAGAGAGCCGAGGCCUGAAACACUACAGCGUCAGCCAACCGUGCAAAGCUCACCCCGGCCUCCAGCUGCACAAUUAUUGCAAAACCACAAGAUCUCCGCUACACAGAGACACCGUCCAUGAAUCCGGUUUUUCCCAGAGUUCUGCGAUGACUUCUUCCUAUACGAGGGGUUUGACAGCAACCCGACAUCACAGGAGCAGCUCAGUCUCAUGCAACGCCGAUCAAAAGAACCGGUCGACCCUUCGCCUAUCAACACGCAGGACUCCACCCAUAAGCGGAGGACGACUCAAUCCUAUUGCAGGCUCGAAGGAUUGUGGACCCGCCUACCAGCACCUGCGGGAAGCGGAAGGAUCUGACAGGGAUGUAGAGCCGGCAAGAGUGAAUAUGAUGAAGCCUGAUGGCACCCUGCACCGGGAUACUUUCCAAGGUAUGCAAGCCUCUCAAUCCUCUCAACUCUGGGCAGCCCCCAGGAACCCUUGCUCCAGCUCGCCAGGAAAGAGAUCCCUCGCUCCAUAUCGGAUCCCAAUCAUCCCCUCUGUCCACUCGCAUCAAGACGAGACCUCGUGUAUGCAGACGACUUCUGCAGAAGGAAUGAACCAGAGUUUACCACGUCAAGGGUGUACAGGGAGUAGAGUGGACAACCCGUUAGCCAAUCCCCUCUGUGACAGGGUGGGCGAAAAGUGGAAGGAAGGUACCAGUGUACCAGAGGAAGUUCGGGAAAAGCUCAAAGCCAACACCAACGUGAAGCAGGAUGACGCCGUGUUCUCCAAUCCUCAUGCGGCAAAAGAAACGGUUUGUAUUCUUCUCGCCAACGGAACUGGACAUGGAGGCACGGCUCCUAGUGGCCCAACAGAAACUCAGUUAUUGAAUCGCAGAGACAUGCACAAGGACUCUACCCAACCUAGACAAUGAGAAGUUCUUCAUCACACCUUGUGUCUUGAGAACAAGGCUGCAGAGUGUUCUGCCAAAAUCAGUGAAUGGAAGCCCAUGGAAUAAUGAAAAUCAAUUGAACACUCUGAUGGCUUGAGAUAGUAAUUGUUUUUUUUUUUUUUGGGGGGGGUUUGGUUUUUUUUUUGAAAGAGUGACAGUCUAUAAACUCAAAAAAAAAAAAAAAACAAAAGAUAAAUUAUUUAUAUGCAUUUAUUAAAAUGAGAAACUUCUACUUAGAAAAAAAGAAACCAAAUAGUCUGUCAUCUCUAUGGUGUUUUUAAUUGUAUAAAAUAUAUAUAGAUAUCUAUAUAUAAAUGGCUAUAAAUAUAUCUGAAUGAAAAUGGUGGUGACCAAGUGCACAAAAAAAGACAAGGAAAAUGGGAAUGAUACAAUCCUUUUUUUUUUUUUUUUUUUUCCAUUUUGUACCACCACCACAUCGUGCAGUCUUGGUCCAUUUUGUUUCAUGCAUUCUCCUAAACGUUUUAAGAAUUAAGUGUAUUCGCGAGGGCUGCAGCUGAAACGACUGAGUUUAGCGUUCCCAAGCUUCCUUGCCAAGGAACAUCUCAUUCUGCCUUGGAACUUGUGCACCACUUUUCAAACACGGACACGAUUUACAAAGGAAAUGAAUUGAAAUACCGUAACAACGGGACUUGAGGCAGUGGGAAUCUAACCGCUGAACACUGCCUCAAGACGUCACUCGGUUUAUGGAAGUGUAUCCUGUCCAAGUUAUUUUUUUGUACUUUGGUGUUUCUCUCCUUUUUUUUUUUUUUUGUUCUGCUCACUUGUCAGAUGGGGUUUUGGUAUAGAUAGGAACAGUUUGAGUCCUUUUACACACUUCACCUCAUCCAUCUGGAGCGCAGACUCUGGGCAGAGAAAUGAAGUUCCAACCCCUGAACGAGGAGCUUCUGUGUUUUUAUUUUUUCCGUUCGUUUCUGGUGAAUUAUCUGCUGCUUUCUUGGGGGAGGGUAAAACGGGCGGGAGUGGUGGCAAAAAAAAUAAUACUACUGAAGAUGUCUGUGUGGUACUUUCGGAUUGGGAUGAAUGCUUUCUGUUUGAAUUUACAACCAAAUGUGGGGAAAAAAAUAACAAUGAAUCUUUUGGUGAAAAUAUUUCUCUGUCUUUUUUCUUGACUAGGGUUCCUUCUAAAUGCAUGUUCACACCAUGGUGUACACCUACUGGGUUUUGGUUGUUUCACACUCGCACUUGUCUGCACGUUACACAGUGGUGGGCCGUGUGGAGAAAAAGAAAAGCGAGGAGACGGUGCCAGAAUUCACUGAGAUCUUAACACUGCACAGCGGUGCUAUAAUUAAAUGCUUUCAGACACUUACGAACAGGAAAGUAAAUUAAAAGGUGACGGGAUGGUAAAAACUCUGCUAUGAUACCUGGAGGGGUUGAAAAACAGGUAAGAGGAGAUAUUUAUCUGUGAGCAGUGUCUUCUUCUUCGUCUGUUUUCAGCUUGGAUUGCAGCAGCUGGCCCGGAUUCAGCAAGAGUCAACAGUGCCGAUAGACGGCCUGAGUUAGCUUUUAUUCAUGCUUUUAUUCCUUUUUAAAGUGAUUCAGUUUGUAGUUGGUUUUCUUUUCUUUUCUUUUCUUUAAGUGUUCUUCUCAAAAUGGAUAAUACAUAUGUGACUCCUUACUGAGAAGUGACUUUCUAGUACUCCAGGGGACCUCAGAAAGAAGGAAUGCAGAAAGAAAAAGAAGGAAAGAAAGAAUGGAGGGAAACUGAAAUUGAGGAAGGGAGGGAGGAAGGAAGGAAUGAUGGGAGGAGGGAAGAAAGGAAAGAUGAAAAAGGAGAUAUAAAGGAGGAAAAAAGAAGGGGAGAAAAUAAGGAA